CAAGAAGCGAGUAGUCAACCAUGAAUGAACCUGUAGCUAAACAAUAUAGAGCUUUGAACCUUGUCAAAGCAGCUCAAAACACACAAGCGACGGUGAAAAGAGGCAUUUGGGAGCUGCAGUCGUUUGUUUCAUCAUAACCCGCAAGCUUGACAGAUCAGAUUGGCAAAAGUAUCCGACAAUGUCUCUGACUCUAAUUGCUCAAGCUCUACCCAAUGGACUCUCAGGACUCUAAUGUCAAGUGGUGCAUGUUGUGUUCUGAGGAGGCGAAGCGUCGAAGCGUGUUGUCUGAGGAAUUUCAUGGUGAAGAAGCCCUUGGUGUGUUCUCACAAUCUGCCCUUGAUCCCAAUCCUCUUUGCGAGGCCAAUUGCAAGCGAGGCCCCUCCUGGAGCCGUACCUUCACAAGGUACAGAAGCAUGGUAUGCUGACUAUGAUCUCAGCCUCCGUCCAGAGGAUGCUGGGGCCGGGCCUCUGUCAUGGCGCCUGUCGGCCUGGCAAUUCCAGGAGGAUUUGAUUGACUUCUACAACAACAAUGGCCGUCCGCCGUUGAAUCCAGCUUACUUUGUGGUUGCAACAUUACCAGAAGCAUUGCAGAUGCAGAUAUUACAAGAGUGUCCUGGGCUGAUGGUGGCUUCCAGCAUCCUGAUUGCUCAGGCACGACAAUCAGCCGGAGAUUGUCCUCAGGCAGCUGCCGUUUUUCGGCAGAUGCUGAGGUGGGCCUAUUUGCUGUCAAGUCGUGAUGCAGCCUUUCUGGCCCCAUUUGAUAGCCUGGUGCUGGAGGAGGAGCAAAUCAAGCAACUGGUGACGCAGGCAUCGGCUAUGCUGCCUGGAUGGAGCAUUGAGGUUGCCAUGCAGCGCUUCCUUCAAGCUCAUACCAGUUGCCGCAACACGAAGCUUCCCUCCCACAGGUGCGAGGACGCAAAACUAGACAUCGUUGUUGCCGUUUGCAAUGAGGAUCUAUCUUGGCUUGAGAGCUUUGCACCUGCUAGAUUCUGGGUCUAUGCAAAGUGUGGUCUACAAGGCCACAAGUUUUUGCCCUGCGCAAACUAUGAAGAGCUGCCAAACUUGGCGAUGGAGUCUCUAGCCUAUGCUACUCACAUGGAGCGCCACUAUGAGACCUUGGCAGACUUUACGCUCUUUGUUCAAGGAUCGCCAUUUGAACAUGCAUCCCAAAGAUUGGUGGAAGACACGGUCUCUGCGGUCCAGGAAGGCCUCUACGACGUUCCUUUCCUUCACAUGAACUCUCGCCGGUUCCUUUCAGGAUCUAGCUUCUGUUUGAGGGACUUGUACACGCGGUUGAUGGAAAGUCCAGCGCAAGUACCAGAGGCAUUUGGCUCCUAUUGUUGCAGCCAGUUCAUGGUUCGUCGGGAUCGGAUUCAAGCCCGGCCUCGGGCUCUUUAUCACCGAAUUCGUUCCAUCCUGUUGGGUGAAGUUCCGCUAGCCUGUGCACAGGAUGUGAAAUAUGACCCACGGCCCCGUAUCGCAGUUUCUGCACUCUUUGAGCACCUGUGGCACGUGGUCCUGGGAGAGUCGCCUGUUCUACCGACAAGACGAAGCGACCAGAGGCAUAAUUACUCCAAUGCAUCCUUGCUUCCCCUUUUUGCGCGGGUGGAUGUCAUCGAGGGUGCACUUCCAGAUGUCCUUUUAAGCCAGAUGUAAGGAGGAUGUUGUGCAAAGCAAAGCAGUAUGCGAGCUGUGGAGUGUGCCACUGUUGGCCUCUCCACAGAGCACUUUGCGAGGGCA